GCAUCGAAGAGAGUAAAGUUAAAAGAAGGACACUGAGCGAGCACUGGAUGUGUUUUGAUGUGUUUUAAGUUGUGAAGAAGUCAGAAAUGCACCACGUUUAACACUUGCUCCCUGUUUAUGCGAAAGGAUAAGGUUUUUUUCUGGAAAAAAGUCAUAAAAUGGAACUUGUGUUGGCGUAGUUGAUCCGCUUAAUGCUGCUGUCUGAAGAGCUUGUGCAGGAGAAGAGCAGCAAGCAUGGACGUGGAAGACUUUCCUCCCCCACCUCCUGAAAUGUUGGCAGACAAUGUUCCCCAUCUUGCUGAUGAAGAGGAGGGGGAAGCCUUCGACUUUGAUGACAGUGGUGAUGAUGUCCCUGAGGCUGACCGCCCACCCCCUCCACCUCCAGCUCCUCUACCCCCCAGCAGUACUGAUCAGAAUCAGGACAUGACAGUGGUUAGUCCCCCUGAGGGGCAUCUACCCAGCCCAGACCCCCCAGCACCCUCCAUCACACCCCACACAGCUCCAUCAUCAGCAGAGGAACCAGUUGCUGCAAGCGCAUCCUCCACAGCAGGUGGUGGAGCAGCAGCAGGAGGAGAGUGGACAUCUGCUGCAGAGGGGGCUGAUGACAUGGAGACAGAUUUACCACCCCCUCCACCCCCUCCUCUUGAUGAUGAGGCAGAGACAGACCCUGGAAGAACAGGCAGCGAAGGCCCGGACGCGUCCCUCGAUGACGCUCACCCUCCAGAGGGCGUCCCCGAGUCCUCCUCUAAGGGCAAAGUCAACCCCUACUCUGUGAUUGACAUCAACCCUUUCCAACUGCAGCAGCUUGAGCCGCAGCAGGGACCCUCCCCUCCAGUGGAGCCCAAGGAGCGGGAAGGGGACGUCCAGGAUAUCCUCAGCACCCCCGCUGGCAUCACUUCAGGAUACUCAGUCCCAGUGCCCUGCGGCUAUGCUACGCCCUCAGGAGUCCCGCUCAUCACACCGGCUUACACCACACCCGUCAUCAUCAGACACCUCUCCACGGACGAGGAUGUCACUGUGGUUGGGACUGGCAGCACCGCUGUUGACGGUGUUUUCAGUGAGGAACAUCCACCUAUCAGAGAAGAGGAUGCUUUGGCUAAAUGGGCUUCUGAUCCUGCCAACACUGCAUGGAUGGAAAAUCCAGAUGAGGUGAUUUACGAUGACGUGCCCAGAGAGAACUCUGACUCCAACACAGAUCCAGAUGAGAUGAUCUAUGAUGACGUGGAGUUUGGGGAGGAGGGAGGCUGCGGCAGCUCCCUGGACAACGGCUGGAGCUCCAGUGAGUUUGAAAGCUACGACGAGGCCAGCGACGGGGAAGGUCGCGCUGAGAACGGCCUGCCCCACGCCUUCAUGAGAGGAAAGCCCCCCCAGAAGAAAACCCAUCUCUCUGAAGAUCUGACUCGUUUGAAAGAUCACUAUGAGAAAAAGAUGAAAGAUCUAAUGGCAAAUACAGUGGGAACGGUAGAGCUGCAGCAGUUAAAACAGAAACACGAGCAGAAGAUGCAAAAGCUGGUGAAGGCAGCUAAAGAAGGGACCAAAGAUGGACUGGAGAAAACCAAAGCUGCAGUGAAGAAGGGACGCUCUUUCAUCAAAACCAAGUCAUUCUGUCACGAGAGGAAGUCGACCUGUUUUGAGGAUGAAGAGUCUGAACUCUUCAUCGAGGUGGACUGCUUCAAUGUUGAGCCAGUGCUGAGUCCAGCCCCCGAGGGUCUGUCACAGCAACAGCUGGUGAGAAGAUGUAUACUGGAAUCGAUAUUGGAGAGUGAGAAGAACUAUCUUGAAGCACUGAAAAGGAUACUAGAGCAAUACGAGAAGCCCCUGUCAGAUCUUGAGCCGAGGCUGCUGAGCGACAGGAAACUGAAGAUGACCUUUUAUCGUGUGCGUGAGAUCCUGCAGUCCCACUUCCUGUUCCAAAUUGCCCUGGCGAGCCGAGUGGCGGAGUGGGACAGCCUGGAAAUGAUUGGGGAUGUCUUUGUUGCAUCGUUCUCAAAGUCCAUGGUGCUGGAUGCCUACUGUGAGUAUGUGAACAACUUCAGCACUGCAAUGGCAGUGGUUAGGAAGACGUGUGCCGCCAAACCUGGCUUCCUGGAAUUCCUCAAGCAUCGCCAGGAGACCAGCAGUGACCGGAUGACUUUGUACGGCCUGAUGAUGAAACCUAUCCAGAGAUUCCCACAGUUCAUUCUGCUCCUUCAGGACAUGUUGAAGAACACCCCAGUGGGUCACGCUGACCGGCUGCCCCUGCAGAUGGCCCUGACUGAACUGGAGACGCUGGCAGAGAAACUCAACGAGAAGAAGAGGGAGGCCGACCAGCGCUGCGAGAUCCGUCACAUCGCAAAGGCCAUGAACGAGCGCUACCUCAACAAGCUUCUGAGUAACGGCAGCCGCUACCUGAUCCGCUCAGACGACAUGGUGGAGACGGUCUACAAUGAGCGUGGUGAAAUCAUCAAAACGAAGGAGCGACGCCUCUUCCUGCUCAACGAUGUCCUCAUGUGUGCCACGCCCAAUAUCCGAUGUCAGGAUGGCAGCGGGAGCAGCAGUGGCAAUGCCCCCCCCGACCAGAAGUUCCUCCUGAAGUGGAGCGUGCCUUUGAGCUUCGUGGACGUGCUAGAGUUUGGAUCCAGCGAGGACAUGGCCGAAAAUACCCGCUACACAACACCUCAUUCUGGGGAGAAGGUGGUCAUCAACGCCAAGCCAAAUAAGCUGUACAUGGGCCCCGGUCAGUUGUACCAAGAUCUGCAGAACCUGAUCCAUGACCUCAGUCUGGUGAACCAGAUCUCCACCAUGAUCAGCAGCCUCAAAGGAAACUACCAGAAUGUAAACCCCACAGUGGCCCAGGAUUGGGUGUCAGGUCUCCAGAGGCUGAUACUGAAGAAGGAGGAGGAGAUCAGAGCAGCUGACCGUUGUAGGAUCCAACUCCAGCUGCCCGGAAAACAUGACAAGUUGGGUAAACCCACUUACUUCAGUGCAGUGUUCAACACCCUCAGCCCGGCCAUCAAACAGUCAUGGAUCAGCAACCUGCAGAUGGCUAAGCUGGCUCUAGAGGAGGACAACCUGCAGGGCUGGUUCUUCGCCGAGGAAGAUGGGAAUCAGAUCAAAAAGCAGAAACACCCUCUUUUGCUUCGGCAAAUGCCUGUGGUCAUGUCAAAGCUGCAGGAGUUCAAGGUGGAAUGUGCCGUUCAUAAUCCAGAGCCCCACAUCAACACAGAGAGCACAGCUGAUACUCCGGUCGUGGGCCAUGGCUGUGUCUGGGUUGCGAGUUGCACCAACCAGAUGGGCCAGAUAUCCAUCGUGGCCAUGCAGAGCUCCAACCCUAAGGUGACUGAGUGUUUCAACGUGGAGUCCCGUAUCCUCUGCAUGACCUUCGUCCCUGCUGAGCAGCCUCAGGAGAACGGAGAGAAGGUUCCAGAAAAGAACUGUGUCCCUGCAGCGAAGGCCAGUGAGUCCCCCAGUGUCUGUCUGGGCAUGGAGGAGGGCAGUAUCAUUGUGUAUAAGAGCAGCCAGCGAUCAAAGAAAGUGCGCCUGCAGCAUUUCUUCACCCCGGACAAGUCCACCGUCACCAGUCUAGUGUAUAAGAAACACUGUCUGUACGUCGGCCUGGUCAGCGGCUCUGUGGCCGUCUACUCCAGAUCACAAGAUGGUUUGUGGAGCCAUGAGAAGCCUAAGGUGCUGAAACUGGGAAUCCUGCCAGUGAAGGCCAUGCUGGCAGUGGAGGAGCACCUCUGGGCUUCAUCAGGUGGACAGGUCUUCAUCAUCAGCACCCUCACACACUCCAUAGAGAGGCAGCUGGAGGCCCACCAGGAGGAGGGCAUGGUGGUGUCCCACAUGGUGGUGGCCGGGGUCGGCAUCUGGAUCGCCUCCAGCUCCGGCUCCACUCUGCGCCUCUUCCACACCGAGACCCUGGAGCACCUGCAGGACAUUAACAUCGCCACACCUGUUCACAAUACCCUGCCUGGGAGCCAGAGAGUGUCAGUGAGCAGCCUGCUGGUCUGUCAUGGUCUGCUGCUGGUGGGGACCAACCUGGGGGUCACUGUGGCCCUCUCUGUCCCCCGACUGCAGGGCAUCCCCAAGGUCACAGGGCGGGGCAUGGUGUCCUUACACGCUCACAACGGUCCGGUGAAGUUCCUGAGCGUGGCUGCUGCGGUGUGUAACCGGCCCUCUGGCCCUGCAUCAUCCAACCCCCCCACCUCAGUGCAGCCAGCAGACACAGAGGAUGGGGAGACCUCACAGCCCCCCCCAGACUCAGCCACGUCUCCCCCUCAGGGACGCGGCGUGUGGUUGGGGGAGGCGGGCUGCACCUCCAUGGCUCUCCAGGACUCCAUGUCCUCAUCCUGCAGCUCCUUGGCUCCGUCCCAGGGCUCCCUGGAGCACGGGCCGGAGGACGGGGCCCUCUAUGAUACGCUGCACGACCCGGCCCACCACCUGAGGGGCCGCCGGGCCAGCAAGGUGGACGUCAGCUCUCUGCUGGUGGUCUCCGGAGGGCUGGGCCACCGCAGGGUCAACAAGAAGACCAAACAGUCUCGCCAUGACGACACCACCUCCACCAUCAUGGUCUGGCAGAUCCCCCUACUCAACAUGUACCAAAGCACCUCGGUCAGAGCAGCGCUGCACACUCACAAGGAGAUCUGACGUUACAUUUCACAUUAUGGAUGGAUCAAAACUGAAACCAGGAGUCCAUCACACACUCCACAAUACUCUGAGGAUGUUUCUAAUGAUGUCUAAAAAACUAAGGAUCAAUAUAACCACUCAAUCAUGAUGCUUCAUGAGCAAACAACUCCCCACAGGCCAGUCAGAAGUUAUACUGUAUUUGUUAUGCUUGUUUAAAAACACUGAAAGGUCUUUAUUUUCACCCUCUGAUAAAGUUGUUGUUCUGUAACAUGGCUAACACAUCCUCCACAGUGUUUGUGCCAUACAGUGGACUGUGUAGGACUGCAGUAUUCACAUCAGUGUUGAAAAGAAAGGAGACUUCCUCCUGCUUGAAAGGCGUGUACGGUAACGAUGGCGCUUUGAAUCUGUUACAUUAAGGUUUUAUUAAGAUUGGGAUUAGGUUUGAGUAAAGGAAGAGUUGUAAAUAUGAAGUAUGACAACUCAGGAUCACCUGUUUUGGAGUCAGAGGAAGGUUCUGUGUUUAUAUGGAAUCAAAUCCUGUUAUUAUUGGACCAGCUUGGUGCUCGUACCAUUCUGUUACCAGAGGGAAGGGAUUUAAAGAAGGUGAAAUAUUGAUGACUGAAUUAGUUUGGGAAGGCUUGAUGAGAAUCACUGGCUGGCCAGGUUUCUGUUCAUAAAGGCACAAAAGAGUUGUUAUCACUAGGAGAGAUGUUUCCCCCCCAAUGUAUCCCCCCUUUUUGUCUCACAUAAGAAUAUUUAAAAAAAGAAAAAAAGCUUUAUACUUUUGUCACAGUUUGUUUGUACUUCUGUAAUGUUUAUUAACAAAUUCAUAAACUCUUUUAUUGAAAAA